AGAGGAGGAGAAGAGAAGAAAGGAUCAGAUUUGACUCAUCAAAGAGAAAAAACUAAUUUGGAGGAACCAGAGACAUCCAAACCAGCAAGACGGCACCUCUGCUCCCAGAUUGGAAAGUGUCUUACCAAGCUAGGAAGCCUGAAAAGACAUGGGGGGACACACACUGGAGAGAAGCCACACCAUUGCGCCCAGUGUGGACAUAGUUUUAACCAGUUAAGAGGCCUGAAAGCUCAUGAGCGAAUACACACAGGGGAGAAGCCUUACAAAUGCUCAGACUGUGGGAAGACAUAUUACUCAUCAUGGUCACUUAAAGUUCAUGCGAGAACCCACACAGGGGAAAAGCCUUACCACUGCUCCCAGUGUGCAAAGAGUUUUAGCCAGUUAGGAUACCUGAAAGCUCAUGAGCGAAUACACACAGGGGAGAAGCCUUACCACUGUUCCCAAUGUGGAAGUAGUUUUAGCCAGUUAGGAAACCUGAAAGUUCAUGAGCGAAUACACACAGGGGAGAAGUUUUACCACUGCUCCCAGUGUGGAAAGAGUUUUAGCCAGUCAGGAAGCCUGAAAACUCAUCAGCGAAUACACACAGGGGAGAAACCUUACCACUGCUCCCACUGUGCAAAGAGUUUUGUCUAUUUAGGACAUCUGAAAGAACACAUGAGACUGCACACAGGGGUGAAGCCUUACCAAUGCUCAGACUGUGGGAAGACAUAUUACUCAUCACAGUCACUUAAAGUUCAUGUGAGAACCCACACAGGGGAAAAGCCUUACCACUGUUCCCAGUGUGCAAAGAGUUUUAGCCAGUUAGGACACCUGAAAGCCCAUGAGCGAAUACACACAGGGGAGAAGCCUGCUCCCGCUGUGUAAAGAAUUUUACCAAAUUAUGAAGCCUGAAAAAACACAUGAGACUGCGCACAGGGGAGAACCCUUACAAAUGGUCAGACUGUGUGAAGACAUAUUGCUCAUCACAGUCACUUAAUCAUCAUGUGAGAAUCCACACAGCAGAGAAUAAUUACUUAUAGUGUGUAAAUUGAUAUUCCACUUCACAUUGACCUAAUUACUUCUCCUAGUGUGUAAAUUGAUAUUUCACAUCACAUUGACUUAAAAUUCAUCAGAGAACAUACACAGUGCUCCCGUUGUCUUAUAUUGUUGACUGAGAAUGUGUUUACUUGUUUUUACCAGAUGAAACUGUAUGUAAAAAAUGUAAAUGAAAAUGUAUGUAAAAUGUACUUGUACAAAGAAUCCUAAUAAUACAGAGAUAAUACAGGGAUAUUUUUAAACUCUCUGUGUGUUUAUCUGGGUGUGUCAUUCCUCCGGCACUACAGAUAAUCAAGUGAUAUUUGGAUGUGAUGCAUUUGCUCCAUUGUUUACAUUUGCAUUGU